UUGGUUAAAGUUUCUAUAAGGUAUUUUUAAAUAAAUUAAGUUUGUACGUAAUGAAUUCAUGCACUAUUUAAUUUACACCAAAUAGCAAUACACAACAAAUGGAGUUGGGAUUCGACCAAACAUACGGCGAAGAUCAAUGUGUAGUUCUUAAUCAUAAACCGGUACAUUUCAAUGCAAAUAAACAUAAAAAUGAAGAAAGCAAACUUGUAAUGGAGCAACACGUCAAAGAAGAUAUGAAUGAAAUGGCAAUGUUGAUGCGAAACUAUGAUAACAAACUGUAUGGCGAAGAUGACACGUCCCAGCCCACUUCCUGCACCGCCCCAGUCAUACCUCCAGAAACAACAAAAAAGAAAAAAAGAAGAAAAAGAUCUCAGAUAACCGUUUGCCUCACGAACUGUCGCUACGAGUCUAUCCGUAAAGUGGCGAGUGCAUUCGGCAUGCGCGAGGUAUCUGAGGACGAGACGUGGAACUUCUACUGGACGGACAUGAGCGUGUCGGUGGAGAGAGCCAAGGAAAUGAAGCGAUUUCAGCGCAUUAACCAUUUCCCUGGAAUGUUGGAGAUUUGCAGGAAAGAUUUACUGGCGAGAAACUUGAAUAGAAUGCAAAAAAUAUACCCAAAGGAAUACAAUUUCUUUCCAAAAACAUGGUGUCUCCCUGCAGACUUUGGCGAUGCACUAAACUAUUCAAAAACUCACAAAAAUAAAACGUUCAUAAUUAAACCGGAAUGCGGUAGUCAAGGUCGAGGAAUUUAUUUGACGAAAUCAUUAAAAGAUGUUAAACCUACUGAUAAACUGAUUGCACAGGUAUAUUUAUCCAAGCCUUACCUAGUAGAUGGCUACAAGUUUGAUAUCAGAGUGUACACUCUCAUAACUUCGUGCGAUCCUCUCAGAAUAUUCGUCUAUAAUGAAGGUCUUGUUAGAUUCGCAACGAGCAGAUAUGCGGAUCCGAAUGCUAAUAACACGACCAAUGUGUUUAUGCAUUUGACAAAUUACGCGUUGAACAAACACAGUCGCACUUACGUGUAUGAUUCUGAGGCGGGGAGUAAACGCAAGAUAUCGACGUUGAACAAGAUUCUGUUGUCGCAAGGAGUGGACCUGAGCCGGUUGUGGUACUCCAUAGACCAAGUUAUCGUGAAGACCAUUAUCGCCGCGUGGCCGAUACUCAAGCAUAGCUACCACGCCUGCUUCCCUUCUCAUGAUACGGUUCACGCUUGCUUCGAGAUUCUCGGAUUUGACAUACUUUUGGAUCAAAAGCUUCACCCUUAUAUUUUAGAGGUAAAUCAUUCCCCUAGUUUUCACACCGACACCCAAUUAGAUCGCGAAGUGAAAGAGAGCCUCCUCACAGACACAUUCACAAUGCUUAACAUCUGGCAAUGCGACAAAAAAAGAGUUCUGGAGGAAGAUCGGAGAAGAAUAAGAGAUAGGCUGCUGCAGACCAACAAAUUCCCGGAUUGUUGUCCCGGAACUGAGGAGAAGGAGCCCGAGAAAACACCCUGGCAGACACAGAUACAGUGGGAGGAGACACAUUUGGGUAAUUUUAGACGCGUGUACCCCGAGGGCGAGAGGUACGCGGCACUGUUCCAGCAGCCCUCAGGCUCGCUGUACACCGGCACGGCGGCCUCGCGUGCUCGCGGCGACUGCGCCAGGCAACAACGAGAACAGUUCGAGCAAACGAAAGCGAAGUCCGAAGCUCUGAAGAAGCCAUCUCAAAUGAAAUCUAUUAAAGAGAGUGACAAGAAAUCUGACGAGAGCAUGAGUGGUACAGUCGGAGAGAGUAUCACAGAAAAACCUAAGAAAUCACGGCCUGACAAGGACCAGAAGAAAGAGAAAGAACGAAAGGAUGAGGAUAAGGAGAAAGCGAGACAAGAGAAAGACAAAAUGUCUAUACAGUCGCACCCUAUGGUGGAAAAGGAAAUAAAGCCUCCGUACGUGUUGUGCUCUUUCGAACCAGAUCCUAUUGUUGAGAAGGAGGAACGCGAACGUAUCAACUUGCUCGCUCAAAGAGAUUUCCUCAUCAGGAGUUACGGGAUGUUGGAACAGAUUUAUUUGGCGAUGAAAAAAAUGGGAACCUUGAGACCGGAAGAUGAACGCAAAUAUGGUGUCUACGGACGUCUGACUGCAAUAUCCAACUCACCGAAGAUUGCCGCUAAGAAAGCUAAAACACCAACAGUCGAUGAAUCCGGCAACGAGGUAAACAAACUAAACGAAUUGUUUCACGUGGAGUGUCGCAAUGCAGUUUUCAUGAGACGUCCAUUUUGCCGUUGAAUGUCUCAGGAUCUCAUGUGAAGGAUUAUCUACGUAACAUGGAAAUAGUUACUUUGUUGCCAGUUUCGAAUCGACCUAUAUUUCUCUAAGCUAAAUGGCUCGGUCCUUCUCGGCCCACGCAACUAAUAGAUGGUAAUUUUUUUGGGAUUUUAGAUUUUUGUUAGUUAAUGUAAUUACAAAAAAUUUAUACACAAACUGUAAUUCCAUU